AUGAACCCCACCCCAACUACCCCCGGCCCGAGCUCCUCCGCCCCGCACGGCCGUGCUGAGGCUGCCGAUACGAACGACGCUACGAUCCCGUCUGCGGAGACCCCCCCCGAACCCGAGCUGCCGCGCUCCUCCCGUCAACCGGCUCCGCCCCCCCCGAUGCUGCCCCCGCCUAUCCUCAUGACGAGCAGCCGGUCCGUGGUCACCCUGCUCUUCCCAGAAGCGGGUGCCGACGCCAUCCGCGCCACGCUCAUCGCAAAAAUCCUCGCGAAGCUGAAGCCCUCCCUUUUCGACUGCGGAUACGUCCCCGACGCCCGCCCCACCAACGGCGAGACCAUGCGCUUUGCGGGACGGUCUUACGCGACGAUCUGCGUCUCCUGGCCGACACAGCAAUCUGCUGACGAGUUCCUGGCCAUCUUCAACCACCCCAUCGAGCUCUCCACGGGUCGCUUCGUGUCGGUCAAGCCUUACACCGAUCCCUACCCAGAUUUCACCAAGGCCAAGGCAGAUGGUGCCCCCAUUCUCUCCCUGCGCCGUGUCCCGGCCCGCUUCGAAGAGGCGAAUCUCCUCGCCUACCUGGUGCCUGCAUGGCUGGCGGGCAUCGAAUCCUUCCACCGCAUGAAAGACCCCUACGACGGGGUCUUCCUCCCCAUCCUCACCGGAAUUCCAACCCCGCUCCCCACAGAUCCGGACUUCCGCACCAUUCCAGCGCGGAUUCCCGUCAGCGGUAACGACCCUGACAUCCUCGUCAACAUCUCCACCCACGAAUGCUCCAUCUGCGCAAGCAACCACCGCGUGGAGGACCACGCGACCUUCCCCU